AUGUCCGGUGUUGCCGUGAACGACGCAUGCGUGGACCUGUACAACCAAAUCAAGAUGAAGAAGGACCUCCGCUACGUCAUCUUCAAGAUUGAGAACCACAAGGAGAUCGUCACGGAGUGCCAGGGCCCGGCUGGUGAGACCUACAAGGACUUCGUGUCGAAGCUGCCAGAGGGCGAGCCUAGGUAUGCGCUCGUGGACUACGAGUACACGUCGGAAGAUGGGCGUCCGCAGAGCAAGCUUUGCUUCGUCUUCUGGUCGCCAGAUGACAAGACCACCGUGAAGGAUCGGAUGGUCUACGCCAGCUCCAAGGAUGCGCUCAAGAAGAAGUUCCCGGGCAUCAUGAAGGAGGUCCAAGCCAACGACAUGGGCGACCUGGACGUGAAGGAGGUGGGCUUCCUGCCUCUCCUCGUGUUGGCAGGCCCCAAAGACUCAGACUCGAAGAUCCAGGCUCCCCACACAGAGGACCUGCGCUACGUCAUCUUCAAGAUUGAGAACCACAAGGAGAUCGUCACCGAGUGCCAGGGCCCGGCCGGCGAGACCUACAAGGACUUCGUGUCUAAGCUGCCGGAGGGCGAGCCGAGGUAUGCGCUCGUGGACUACGAGUACACGUCGGAAGAUGGGCGUCCGCAGAGCAAGCUUUGCUUCGUCUUCUGGUCGCCAGAUGACAAGACCACCGUGAAGGAUCGGAUGGUCUACGCCAGCUCCAAGGAUGCGCUCAAGAAGAAGUUCCCGGGCAUCAUGAAGGAGGUCCAAGCCAACGACAUGGGCGACCUGGACGUGAAGGAGGUCGAUGACCUCAUGAAGAAGAAGUAG